ACGCGUCGGGCAAUCAUGUGUAGUGUCAUGUGGCUCCUUCGGCUCCUAACGACUUGCUGCCUCGUUUACCUAUCGGCGUCCGACACCCAUACAGAUAUACCAGUGGUAACAGAUUCAGUAUCAACGAAAUCGACGACGGCGGCAAAGCGAUCGGUACCGACGGACGCGCCGAUGUUGAACUACAUUUUUGAUGCGCACAGCACGCUGAACAAACAUCAACAUCAUCACGAUCAUCGGUGGGGCCCUCAUAUCGAGGGGGAGAGCAAGAACAUGACCAUACAGGCCGGUGGCAGUGCCUUGCUCGACUGCAGGAUAUCCUUGCUUCAGGAUAAAACCGUGUCCUGGGUACGAAGACAAGACAACGGGCAAAAGGUGAAUCUGCUGACUGUGGGGCAGCACUCGUACAUAAGGGAUCCAAGGUACACGGUGAAGUUCCAAUAUCCGGACAACUGGCGUCUACAGAUCAAGCCCGUGAACAGUAGCGACGAGGGCCAGUACGAGUGCCAGAUCAGCACUCAUCCGCCCAAGUAUAUUCUCGUGAAUCUCCACAUCAACGCACCAUCCGUCCAAAUAGUGGACGCCCUGGGUGAACCGCUGAGAGACAAGUACUAUGAAGCUGACAGCACCAUCGAGUUAUUGUGCGUUGUGCGUCACAUAGCGAUGCAAGUGCAGUACAGUGUCGUCCAGUGGCUUCACGGCAACAGAAUUUUGAACUACGACACGACGAGAGGCGGUAUCAGUGUGAAAACGGACCUAAUGGAAGAGGGGGCCAAUUCGACUCUCAGCAUAGCGAGGGUGGGACCAGCUGACAGCGGAAACUACACGUGCCAUCUCACCACCAUGCCCAAUCAACCUGCCACUAUUCACGUGCACGUGCUGAACGGAGAAAGCUUAGCCGAACUGCAUCAUGGAUCCGCAGAGGGUGUGAGCGUCAGAGGAUCACUGGUACUUCUUCUAUCCUUCGUUCACGUCCGGAUACAGCAGGUGCUCAGAUGAAG